UUUAAGAGAAGGAAUGAAUAAAAUUGUGGUUAAGGUAGAGUCGCGGCCGUGGCCUGAGCAAGAUGAGUUGAAAGUUUACUAUCAGAAUGAUAAUGAUGGCAGGAUAUUGAGACAUUUUUUGUACUUUGGUGGUCAUAAAAUCAUCAGCUGUUUACGUCGCCAUGCAGUGAGAAGACUGCGGCUGUGGUGUGGAAAGGAAGGGAAAGAUCCUCACAUUUUUACUCUUUAAAUUGCUCAGUUCUUCUCAUAGGCGGCUUCGGCCUAUUUCAACGCGAAAUGAGGCCGAUAUCCCUUAGGAGGUUCAUUGCGCUGGGGAUGAUCUGUCUCUCCACCGUAGGGUGUUUGGUCAUCUGGGCCACCGAGCCAAUUAGGAGGCCGAAAGCCCGGCCGAAAGACAUUCACUCUGACGACAUCCUAUCCUAUUCAUUUUUCCAAAGACCAGUGCUGACAUCGAAGUGCACCAGGCAACUGCAGUUCUGGACAAACAGCAAUGUCAACGGAUAUUCAGAUGACGCCAUUCGAUUCCACUGCCCAGGCGUGCCGUGCGAAGCAUCCAUAAUCGCUAACACCAACAUCUCCACGACCAAAGUGAGCGAUGGAGUGGUUUUCUUUCCUGAGGCGAAGUGGAGCUGGAAGAAGAUGCAUUCUGCGCGUCCGCGGGGACAAAAGUGGGUCUUCUUCAGCCGAGAGAGCCCUUCGAUGAUCAGCCCUGGUGUUAUCCCACCUAUGAAAUACUACAAUGACUCUUACGACUACAUCAUGACAUAUCGACAAGGUUCCGAUUUCCUUGUAGAGUUUGGUCACUAUGAUGAAACGAGACCCGAAGUACGAGCAGACGACGAUCGAAAUUGGGCAACGAAAAAAAAGAAUAUCGUGAUCGGACCAGCUGCAGACUACCAGUUCGCGACUUGGCAGCGCGGCAACUUCAUCAAAGAAUUACAAGAAUUCGUACCAAUCGACACGUAUAAAGCAUGCAUUGACUCCAAACCAUGCACCGAGUCAGAGGGAUUCGAGGAGAAAGUCAGAUCGUACAAGUUUUCCCUUGCCUUGGACAUCAGCCGAUGUCGCGAUUUCAUCACUGAACAGUUUUUCGUAAGCCUAGCAAGUGGAACGGUGCCCAUCGUGGACGGACCAGCCCGAGAGGAUUACGAGCGGGUCGGGCCUCCGAACUCUUUUAUCCACGUCAAUGAUUUCACUUCCGUGCACGAGCUAGCAGACUACAUCAAACUUCUAGACGGUAACGAUGAACUCUACAACCGGUUUUUCGAUUGGAAGAAACUUGGCACAGUGGUCAGUAUCAAAAUGGCGGAUCUUUUCGCGACAGAAAACAUUUGUCCCAUUUUCCUGCGAAUGCAUGAGGACGAAAUGAAGAUAGGUACUGACGUAACCACAAAUCGAAAGGUGCCAGAUUGGGAUGAAUGGUGGUGGAAUUCAUGUUCGUAUUAAUUAAUAUGCAAUAUGGAUGAAUUCUAAAUGUAUACCUUUGCGCAUGAGGUGUCAUUUCGAUUACGUCAUCACCUACUGAAUGAGGCACGCGCCAGUAAUCCAAAGUAAUGUUUUUUUUUAAAUAUUAUUUAAAAGACGUUAAAAGAUGGGAAUUGCUGCUACCUUGUUUCGCGUUCUAGAGCAACGUCGAUCUGGCGCUGCUCAGUGGCUGCCGGGUUCACGAUCAAUUGGGCAAAAAGAAUUUCCAUUUUCGGUUUAACUUAAUAAAAUUUGGAGUGGACUUUAAAAGAGUAUUAUUAUUUUUUUUCUUUUUCAUUCACGUCUUUUACGAUAUCACUCGUACAUGGUGUACCCAAAACCCCACUGGAAAUAGACUCUGGAGCUUUCGUGGGUUAUCCUGUUCAAGCUGACUUGAUUUUGAUCUGUUAUUCUUGUAUAUUGUAAUAUAUGUUGGAAGCUUGGCGAAUAAAAUCAAUCAAUCAAAACCGCAAGAGUCACUCGUGUAGCCAUCCUUCGUCAGGCAAAUGGCGUCUCGUGUGCAAAGGGCAUUAAAUGAAAGCGGGAUUAUUAACUUUGGGUCGAUAGUACGUGGCACAUGAAAUAGAAUGAUUAGAAUACUGAAGUGUUAUAAUAUUGUCAUAAGUAUACAAAGGUACUAUUAUGAUAAAGGUUAACGAUAUGACCCAUUAUUAAUGCAAGAAGAAUAUAGCAAUUUUAUUAUGUAUUAUUUAAUUUAAUUUUUAUUCUGUACCCAAAACAGCUAGGUGUCAGUCUCCGGACUGUUUGCUCUUGGUUUUUGAUGUGUUUUGAUUUCAAUAAAAUCCUAUAUAUAGGCCUA